AUGGGCCCGCGCCGCCGGGGCCGCAAGCCCGAAACCCCAAGGAGACGCACGGCGAGCCCGGCACCCCCUACCCCGCGUCCGGCCCCCUCCACAGGCACUCCCUUCCGUCGAGCUCGUCACCGGAGACAUCUGAUUCUGAGGGAGAUCAAAAAUCUUCAGAAGAGCACAAACCUUUUGUUAAGGAAGACCCCCUUCUGCCGCCUGGCAAGAGAAAUAUGUGUUAAAUUCACUCGUGGUGUAGACUUCAAUUGGCAAGCUCACGCCCUGUUGGCCCUACAAGAGGCGGCAGAAGCGUUUCUUGUCCAUCUCUUUGAGGACGCCUAUCUCCUCUCGCUCCACGCUGGCCGCGUUACUCUCUUCCCGAAGGAUGUGCAGCUGGCCAGGCGGAUCCGCGGCAUCGAGGAGGGGCUCGGCUGA